AGUGUACGUUUUAGUCACCUCUGGGGAUUGUGAGACUAAAGAGCAGUCGGUUAUAUCGUAUCACAGGAUAUCACUUUAUUGAUCCACAUUAUUUUCACUUGAGUUAUCGUGGCGUUUUAGUUCAAGAAAAUUAAUUGAUCUUUGAGCUAAUUCUUCAUAGUUUUUUUUUGCUUUAAAAAAUCACAUUUUUUGAGCUUUGCAAAUUUUCACCAAUUUAAAUUUUUAAAAAAAAAGGACAAUUACAAUAGUUUCUUGUGACAAUGGCCGCCGGUAUAGUGCUAACACUUAUCCUGCUCUUUGUAACAUUAAUUGUGAGCUACAUCCGGGUUCUUAUGGAGUGGCGUCGUAAAGUGUACAUCACAUCCGUGCCAUUUACGAAGAAUAAAAAUCGUCAGUCUACAGAUCACCUUUCGGUGGAGCCCGUGGUUAAAGAAUACGAUCAAGCUCCGGGUCCAGCACCAUGGCCAAUCCUUGGAAAUCUUGCACUUCUGGGACAACAUGAAAAUCCCUUCCAAGCUUUCACGGAGCUCAGCUACAAAUAUGGUGAUGCAUAUAGUCUCACAUUGGGUACAACAAGAUGUUUCGUCGCAAACAAUCUCGAACUCAUUCAGGAGGUCCUUAGUCAAAAUGGAAAAUUCUUCGGAGGACGCCCAGACUUUUUACGCUUUCACAAACUCUUCGGUGGUGACAGAAACAAUUCACUAGCCUUAUGCGACUGGUCCAAUUUGCAACAGAAACGACGUAAUUUGGCAAGGAGACACUGCUCCCCGCGUGACAAUUCAGACUACUACCGCAAAAUGUGCGACAUUGGUGGGCUUGAAAUGGCGGAAUUCCUUAAGGUUCUUACGGCUAAAGUGGGAAGCGGAAAAGAACUCCACGUGAAGGAAAUUCUUCAGACUACUGCUGCCAAUAUGUUCUGCCACUAUAUGUGUUCCAUUCGUUUUGACUACGAAGAUCAGGAUUUCCUAAAGGUGGUCAACUGCUUCGAUAAGAUUUUUUGGGACAUCAAUGAAGGAUAUGCUGUUGAUUUCCUGCCCUGGCUAUCUCCAUGCUAUUUGAAAUUGCUCAAUAGAAUUUCUUCUUGGUCAACGGAAAUUAGGAAAUUUAUUCUAAAGCGAAUCAUUGAGGAUCGAGAGCUUUCCUUGGAUGUAGAGGAAGAUGAGACAGAUUUCACAGAUGCCCUUCUGAAGAGCAUAAUUGCUGAUCCUUCCGUGACACGAGAUACAAUUAUUUACAUGCUGGAAGAUUUCAUUGGGGGUCAUUCGGCAAUUGGAAAUCUUGUAAUGAUAUCCCUGGGUUAUGUGGCUCUCAAUCCCCAUGUUGGUGUACAAAUCCAAGCGGAAAUUGAUCAUGUGACCGAACGCAAACGCCCAGUGACGCUAUUCGACAAGGAAGAUCUCCCAUACACAAUGGCAGUUCUUUUUGAAACAUUGCGCUAUAGUUCAUCACCAAUUGUGCCACACGUGGCUACCGAAGAUGUAACCAUAUCGGGUUAUGGCAUCACAAAAGGCACAGUAGUCUUCAUUAAUAAUUACAAGCUAAACACAAGCGAGAAGUAUUGGGAUAAUCCCAAACAAUUUGAUCCGACACGUUUUCUCGACGAAGAGCCCGCAAGUGAUGGUGCAACCAAGCCUAGGUAUCGUUUGAAGAAGAACUUACCUCAUUUUUUGCCAUUCAGUAUCGGAAAACGUACAUGUAUCGGUCAGAAUCUUGUUCGAGGUUUUGGUUUUGUAAUGCUCGCAAGCAUCAUGCAGAAUUUCAACAUCUCAAGCAUAGAUAAGAACUGUAUCAAAAUGUACCCAGCCUGUGUAGCUUUGCCUCCAGAGACCUAUCCCCUUACCUUCACACCUCGCAGCCAUCUUGAAUAAAUUCCACGUAGGUUCUAUAUUUUCCUAUUCCAAUUACACAUAGAAAAAAAUUUAAAAAAAAAACCCUGCAAAAUUUGGGUAUUAAGAGUAGAGUUAAGAGUAAAUAUGCAUCUCACGAAAAAAUUAUACUAGAAUAAAGAAAAAAAAAAUAUAAAUAUAUAAAUGCAAAUUUUUGAAAUUCUUAAUUUGUGAAGAGUUUUAAAGAAACCAAAUUAGUUAGUAGUAAGAGAUAAAAAUCAACCAAUAUACCAAAAUAUCGCUUAAUAUUAGCAUAACGAUACAAACUCUACUCGCAUACCCUUUCACCCUAAUGUGCACAAGAUUGUUUCUAAAUAAUUAAUACGGGUUUACAAGUUUAUUACUUUUGCUGCAGUUGUGCAUUUAAAAAAAAUUUUAGAUGCCAUUUAGACUUUUGUGAUAAUUUAAGUGUGUACGUGCUUUUUUUUUAUAAAUGAAGAGUAAACAAUAAAACAGAGAUAGAAUGCAAAAAAUACAUUACUUUGUAAAUAGUUUGUAAGGAGUGUAGUGAAUCUAUGACUGAUUAAAAGAUUUUAUAUAAGUUAUAUCUCCCUAUAUUUGUCAGUUUAUGUUGCUAGCAUUAAAUUAUGUUCCUAGCAAUUAAUCCCUUUUGCUUGGUUUUAUGACAGAAAAGUUUUCCUCUUGCCAAGUAAAAAAAAAAUAAUUUUUUAUAAAAAAAUUUUCUCUACAUUAUUUCUUUAAAAAAUAUGGAAGCAUCUUGAAAGAUUUUGUAUGUAAAAUAUUCCUUUUUGUGUCCUAUUUCUUAUCUUUCAUAAAAAAAAGAUGGCUUAGUAUUUUAUUGACUUAAAAUUUUUUAUAAUGUUUAUUUUUUUCUUUUACUGAUCAUGUAAAUAUAUAAUUCACAAUAAUAUGCUUAAUUUGUAUAAAAAUAUAUUGUUAUUAUACUACGAUGACCAAUGUAUUGAAAAUAAAAUAUCAACACAAAAAUUUCACCAUAAUCCAAGAAAUUUUAAAGCUACACAAAUUAAACGAUUGUACACAAAUUCAUUCAUUUAGUUAAACAGUUUGUUUUAGCUUCAUAUAUUGUUUAUUUUAUAAGCAUUUUUUAUACAUUUAAAUUGUAUAUACAUACAUAACAAGAAAAUAUUAUAUUAAUAAGAUAUAAAACUGACUUAAUAAAUUGUAGUAAAAAUAAUUAUAUAUAUUUAGCUGAUAUUAACAUUAACAUUAUAUUAUUAUAUCUAUAUAUUAUACCUAUUUUAUGUGUUACAAUAUAAAUUUCCUUUUUAAAUAAUUAACACAAAGUAGUUUUAUUGUAGUACAAUAUUUCACGGUGGUUCUACACAUUUUUUUUUAAAACACUCUUUUGAUUUCUAAUAAAUUUUAUUACC